AUGCAACAUGAUAUCUACAGCAUUGGGGCUUGUCUUUUGGAGAUCGGCCUGUGGGAAUCUCUUAUCGCGUACGGUAGCGAUCGAGUCGCAACGCCUUCGUCAGCAUUUGCAGGAUACGGAGUAAAUCUAAACCCCAAGGAACCUGUUAGAAUAAAGAACAGCCUUGCAGCUUUGGCGAAAGACGCCCUGCCGAAGAAGGUGGGGAGAAAGUACGCACAAAUCGCGUUCAACUGCCUCAUUUGCCUGGACAACGUUGGAGAUCAAAGUGAGUUUGAGGAUGAAGACAGCGUGUUGGUUGCUGUACGAUAUAUUGAAAAGCCUCAAGACCUCAAUAAGCAAUGGAAAAUAGCCUAA